AUGAUUCUCAGCAGGACGGUUUUGGCUAGUUCAGUUCGCUAUUUCCUCCCAUCACAAGUUCUGCUUCAGUGCGAGCAACGCAAGCUCAGCUACAGCUUAGAAGGAACAGAAUAUGGCAUCCAAAAAGGUCUCGAAAAGACUGAUUGCACUGAAAUGGAGUGCAGAGGUGACAUACGAAUGGUGGAGGCGAUAGCUCCAAAAGUGUUAGCUAAAGAAUCAAUUCCUGGUUUGGAAAUAGUGGAACUAGUUGUGGCUGAGCUGCGAAGAAAUGGAAAGCUGUUUAUACUUCCUGUGAAUGAUGUUACCGUUAUUAAAGCUGUCACGAAAGCUUUCAAACUUCUCCUUGAUGUCGGGAUUCAGCCGGAGUUCAUCAUUGAUUCCUGCGUCUCUGUACCUCAGCUAUUUGUGUCACUAACUCAAAAAGGCGAAACAAGCAUCCAGAUAAUAGAACUUAUUGUGGAUUUCUGUCAGCUUUCUUAUGAAGACUCCAUCCGCAUUUUCGCAACGUAUAAUGAAGAGCUACUAUCAACAGGACCUGAAGAAAUUCAGAAAUGCAUGGAAGUGCUUGAUUCAUAUGGAUUCCAAGAUGAAAAAUUAGGAGAAGCCAUUUGUGCAUGUCCUGCGUUACUCUUUGCUCAGAAGUCCAGUAAAAUGUCUCAAAAUGCUGAGAAUUUAUUUUCUCAUUUCAGUAAAAAUCAGUUUUAUUCGCUGUUAAAAUCCUCUCCAGAAAUAUUGCUUGGUAAUACUAACGAAAUAGAGAAUAAAAUUGAAUACAUUUAUUGUUAUAUGCUCAUGGAGGGGGAGGACUUUGAAAGUUGCAAGAACCUCGCGCACAUAUCACUGGAGGAACUAAUCGAUCGCCAUGAAUUCUUGCUGAAAACAGGCACUUACAAAACUCCAGAUAUAAAAAGACCGCAGUUAAAGAUGAAAAAUCCAAAACUAAAGAAGAUUCUAGAUAGCAGUGAGGAACAGUUCGCAAAAAAAGUAGGCCGUGUAUCCGUAGAGGAGUGGUACUUGUUCAGAGAAUUACAAAACAAACGACGAAUAUUAGAAUCGGAGGGAAAGAUGCGUCCAUUUGAACGGAUCAAGCCAUCAAUGCGGAAACAAUGGGAACGUAAGAAGAAAUCAGCUCCAUUGAAUGAUUCUGAAGCUUUUGAGUCAUACAAUGAAAAAUAUUAA